AUGAGAGCUUCAUUGCCUAAACAUGAGCGGAGAUGGGCCUCAGACACAGUUCCCGGCAAUGCAACGGUGAUCACCGGAACGUCACCGGGAACUGAUUCCGGCGAGGAGUUUGUUGAGGUAACACUUGAUUUACAAGAUGACGACACUAUUGUGCUUCGUAGUGUCGAGCCAGCGACAUCAACGGUUAUCAACGUGGAUGACGUUUCCUUUACUGCCGGUGGUUCUGUGUCGGCCGGGGCUGUAACUCCCGUGUCAAGAUCGCCGACUAUCAGGAGGAGUUCGUCGAAUAAGCUUUUGCAAUUUUCUCAGGAGUUAAAAGCUGAAGCUGUAGCGAAAGCUAAGCAGUUUUCGCAUGAGUUGAAAGCUGAGUUAAGGAGGUUUUCCUGGAGUCAUGGACAGGCUGCUCGGGUGUUAUCAGCUUCAGCAAAUAAUGGUGGUGGUGGUUUUGAGUCAGCUUUAGCUGCUCGUGCUUUGAGAAAGCAGCGAGCGCAGCUGGACCGUACUCGGUCUGGUGCUCAUAAAGCUUUGCGUGGAUUGAAAUUUAUAAGUAAUAACAGUAAAAAAACCAAUGGUGUUGACGCAUGGAAUGAGGUUCAAAGCAAUUUUGAGAAACUUGCGAAGGAUGGUUAUCUUUACCGAGCCGAUUUUGCACAAUGCAUAGGAAUGAAAGAUUCGAAGGAGUUUGCUUUAGAGCUUUUUGAUGCGUUGGGAAGGAGAAGAAGAUUGAAAGUGGACAAGAUUAGUAGAGAUGAGCUUUACGAGUUCUGGUCUCAAAUUACCGAUCAAAGCUUUGAUUCUCGACUCCAGAUCUUCUUUGAUAUGGUGGACAAGAACGAAGAUGGUAGAAUCACCGAGGAAGAAGUGAAGGAGAUUAUCAUGCUGAGUGCAUCUGCAAAUAAGUUAUCGAGAUUAAAAGAACAAGCAGAGGAGUAUGCAGCUUUGAUCAUGGAAGAGCUGGACCCAGAAAGACUUGGCUACAUCGAGUCAAGCUCUAAGCUACACAAGCCAAGCCUUGAGCCAAAAUUUACAAGGGAUAAGAAAGAGAAGCCCAAUAAGGAGAGUGGGCAAGCAAUGCGUAUACUUUUUUCAAGAGAAUUGGAGAAGAAUAUGGGUUUUGACAUUAUGGCUAAAGGUGCAGCAGAGACAUUGAAAUUCAAUAUGGCUCUAAUCCUCUUGCCUGUUUGUAGAAAUACUAUCACUUGGCUUAGGUCCACAAGGUUGGGUCACUUGGUGCCUUUUGACGACAACAUCAACUUUCACAAGACCAUAGCAGCAGCAAUUGUAAUUGGUGUGAUUCUCCAUGCUGGAACCCAUUUAACCUGUGAUUUUCCAAGACUUAUAAAUUCAUCUGAUCGUGCCUAUAGGGUGUAUUUGAGUAAUGACUUUGGUGGAAACAAACCUUCAUAUGCAAAAUUGGCCAGAGGGGCUGAAGGUGUGACCGGAAUUUUAAUGGUGAUCAGCAUGGCCAUUGCAUUUACACUUGCAACAAGAUGGUUCAGGAGGAGCCUCAUUAAGUUUCCAAAACCCUUUGACAGGCUUACUGGAUUCAAUGCAUUCUGGUAUUCACACCACUUGUUUGUCAUUGUCUACAUCCUGCUCAUCAUCCACGGUGUAGCCCUGUAUUUGGUGCAUAAAUGGUACAAAAAGACGACAUGGAUGUACCUUUCUGUUCCAGUUUUACUGUACGCUGGAGAAAGGGCUCUCAGGUUUUUUCGUUCUGGCUUCUAUACUGUCAGGCUACUUAAGGUUGCAAUUUAUCCUGGAAAUGUUCUCACAUUGCAGAUGUCUAAGCCUCCCCAAUUCCGAUACAAGAGCGGACAGUACAUGUUUGUCCAGUGCCCUGCUGUUUCUCCAUUUGAGUGGCAUCCAUUUUCAAUUACCUCCGCGCCGGGUGAUGACUACCUCAGUGUUCACAUUCGGCAGCUAGGUGACUGGACUCAAGAACUAAGAAGGGUAUUCUCCGAAGCCUGUGAACGUCCUGUAGCCGGUAAGAGUGGACUUCUCAGGGCAGAUGAAACCACGAAAAAAAGUUUGCCAAAGCUCUUGAUAGAUGGGCCUUAUGGUGCACCAGCACAAGAUUAUCGUAAAUAUGAUGUGCUGUUGCUUGUUGGUUUGGGAAUUGGAGCAACACCUUUCAUCAGCAUUCUAAAAGAUUUGCUUAAUAACAUUGUCAAAAUGGAGGAGCAGGCAGAUUCGGUCUCGGAUAUCAGUAGGACAUCAGACCUGAGCAUUGGAAGUAAUGAUACUCCAAGCUCUAACAAAUUUUCUCCAAAACGUAAGAAGGAUAUAAGGACCACAAAUGCUUAUUUUUAUUGGGUAACAAGGGAGCAGGGUUCUUUUGAUUGGUUCAAAGGAGUCAUGAAUGAAGUUGCAGAGCUUGAUCAAAGGGGUGUGAUUGAGAUGCAUAAUUACUUGACCAGUGUGUAUGAGGAAGGCGAUGCCCGAUCAACCCUAAUUACCAUGGUCCAAGCCCUAAACCAUGCGAAAAACGGGGUGGACAUUGUCUCUGGCACCAGGGUGCGAACGCAUUUUGCUAGGCCUAAUUGGAAGAAGGUUCUUUCUAAAUUAUGCUCCAAGCACUGUAAUGCAAGGAUAGAUAUUCAUAGGUGGGCAGAAGAGGACAGUUUCGAAAGGGAGAAUCUUGAGUUAAGUUUGUGGACUCUGAAGGAAGUUGAGGGUAUUACGAUUUGCUUUUCCUAUAAGUGGGGCGCAGGGAAUCCUUCUGGAAUGUCAAUGCGGAUGGCAGGAGUCAACCAUCACCGGCUAAAUUUCAUCGGAGAAGCGAUGAAGAGUAUGCCACGGUACAACCCAAAGCGUUACGGCAAAAAAGAAGCGGCAAAUGUUUUAACUCCUGAUCUUAAAUUAAGCUUGGUCGCUGUCGAAAAUCUAAGUUAUGGUAACAGUCCAGUCCCUUCAUUCAACAUGACACUAGCAGCUGAGCCUGGUGAGCCUGAUCACGCUUCCCCAAUCCACACAGAGUUACAUAGAAAAUUGUCUAAUGGAUCAAAAGGUCAAACAACUUGCAAUAGUCCAAUUGAUGCAGACCUUAAAUGGCAAUGA